AUGUCGGAAUGUGACUGCGAAGGAUCUCCUGAUUCCCUACAAGAACUUUGCUUAGAUUACAUAUCUCAUAACUUGUACAGUUUGUGCACUCAGAUCCCCAGUGAGGAUAAAUCUGGAUUCGUGAAGUUAUCCUUCAAGGACUGUGAUAUUUACUUCCACCGUGAACUCUCCGAAGAGUUGCUACAAAGGCUCAGCAAACAGUAUGCCUUGAAUGACGCGGUGCUCUCUCUUUUCGCAAAUCCCAAGUCAACAAGGCUGAAGCGUGCAUUCAUUAAGAAUGCUGUUCUGUCAUACAAAGGAUUGAAAGCGUUGUCUUGUCAUCGGAUAAUUGACCUUGAUGCAUCCUGGGUGCGUGGCGUCACUGUCAAUGAUAUCAUUGGUGCUCUCGGUGAAUGGACGACCGGACAUUUGCAGUCGUUGAACGUCAGCGGUACUACGUUCGUCAACAGUUCUAAGUUUUGCAUUGUAAUUUCACUGUCUAUGCUUAAAGCCUUACGCCAUUUGAAUGUCAGUUAUACUGAGUUUAACAAUAACUUAGGACUUGAGUUGGUCAUAGACAGCCUUUGCCAUUUGGAGAGCUUGGACAUCUCGCACACUCCCAUUGUGAAUGCAACCCCACUAAUACAGUGCAGAGAUCGACUCAAAUAUCUAAGUAUGUUUCAAGUACGGGUCUCUGACGAUAACCUAAUGCCGGUUAUCACACAACUGGACAACCUGCUGCAUCUGGAUAUUUCCCGAGAGGUUCUCGUACAUCCAUUCACCGGGAACCAGCAAUCAGGGAAGUUUAAUCUCUCAAGGCUCAUGGAGAUGGAAGAUGUCUUGCCAAACAUCACGUAUCUCGAUAUCUCAGGGAGAGACGGUCUCAUGGAAAGAUCGCUACAAACAUUUCUGCGUAACCAUCCAGGGUUGAAGUUUCUUGGUUUGUUACUCACAAAGAGCGUGGUGCCAGAGACACUUGCCAUGACAGAUCUGUGCGCUGCGGAGUGUUUGACUAAUCCCAAUCACAAUGAAUUCAGAGAAGACUUGAAGAUUACUGGUGAAACCAAUGAGAAACAGAUUCUGGAGGCUCUACGUCGGUACAGCAGUCGUGCUAAUUACAUGCAUAAGACUUUAUGUACAUUGUUUGACAUGACCCAGAGUUUGGAGAAAGCCAGAGUAGAUAUGGUACAGCAUAUUCUGCCUGGUAUGGCCAGUCAUCGGCAACAUCUAGGUGUUCAGAUGGCAGCGAGUGCUUGUCUGUAUAAUUUGUCUAAGCAGCAGUUAGCUGAUAAUGUCCAUGUGUCUGUACUCAAAGACAUGGUGCAGUUAACCAUGGAUGCCAUGGAAACAUUCCCUAAUCAUCAACAGUUGCAGAAGAAUGCCUUGCUGACACUUUGUAGUGAUAGAAUAUUACAAGAUGUGUCAUUUGAUAGAUUCCGAGCCGCCAGAUUAGUAAUGGACUGUCUAUGUACGUUUGAGGACGCCUCUAUGAGUCGAAUGGCUGUUGCAAUCUGCUCUAUACUUGCUGCUAAAAUAUCCACAGAGCAAACUGCCUUGCUUGGUAGUAAACCGUACAUGAAGAAACUUUUAGGUAUCGUAAAGCGGAAAGCUGAGGAACGUGAAGCGGACGUUACACUGAAAUUCACUCUAAGUGCGUUGUGGAAUUUAACUGAUGAAUCACCGACUACUUGCAAUAUAUUUUUAAGUGAAGGUGGAUUAGAACUUCUUAUGCAUAUAUUAGAGAUUUUUCCAAAUGAAACUGCCUUGGAAACCAAAGUGCUUGGAUUGAUUAAUAACAUUGCUGAAGUCAAAGAACUUAGGCAUACACUCUUGCGAAAUGAUUUCAUACACCAUGUAAAGCAUCUUCUCGAAGGAGAUCAGAUAGAAGUGAGUUACUUUGCUGCUGGUAUUGUUGCUCAUAUCACUUGUAGUGUUGGACCUGAUGGAUGGACUUUAUCAGCUGACCUCAGACAACAACUAUUACAAUCACUGAACGAUGCCAUUCGUAGCUGGGAAAAUCCUAAAGGUGAAAUGGUAGCCUACAGAUCAUUCAGUCCAUUCUUUCCAUUGCUGGCCCCAGAUGGUAUACCCGAAGUACAGCUCUGGGCUGUCUGGGCUAUACAUCAUGUCUGCACCAAAAACGGUUUGCGUUACAGUCCAAUGCUAAUAAAGGAAGGAGGUGUUACUGUGCUGGAGAGACUGUUAGCUUGCAAAACUGUCUGUGGCCAGGUGCGUACAAUUGGUGACAAUAUACUGCAGGUACUACAACAGCAUUUACCGACAACCAUCCUGUAA